GCUUGAACUUGGAGCUUACUCACCUGAUUUUUUUAAAAUGAAGUUUCUGUUAGUAGAAAUCAGGCAAAAUCCUUAGAUCUUCCGAAUCAUACUAAUUAAACAUGAAUUUCUGUUGAUCAUACAAAAAUUAGGAAAAGAAGAAAUCAAUUCCAGCCGUUGAUCAACCCGAAAACGAUGGACUCGAACUUCGAUCUCCUUCAAUCUCUCGAACCAAUGAGGGAUGCCUAUGGAUUUGCUGUCAGACCGCAACACAUACAAACAUCUCGACAAUGCCUUAAUAUUUGUAAGGAAGAGGAAGAGGAAAGAUCGGAGAAAUGGAAGAUCUUCCUUGAACAUCAUGCAAAGACAAGUAAGGCCAAAGGAUGGGCCAAGAGUAGACCAGUCCUUAGUUGCAUUGAGAGUAUGAUGAAUUCAAGGGUUAAGAAAGGAAAUCAUAUGAAAAAUAAAAAUGUGAAUGAAAGUGAAGACAAUGAGGACUCUCAAGAAUCCUUUUUCCCUUGGAAAGAAGAGCUGGAAAGCCUUGUCCAUGGAGGAGUACCAAAGGAUCUCCAGGGGAGGUAUGGCAAGCUGUUAUGGGUGUCAAGGCACGACGAGUGGAAAGAUAUUAUGAGGAGUUGCUGGCUCAAGAAAAUGAUGAUCAGCAUAGCAACUCAUCUGGAUAUAAUGCGUACUUUUCCUGGUCAUCCAACUUUGAAUAGGGAUUCCUUGAGGCGUUUACUUUUAGCAUAUGCACGACAUAAUCCCUCUGUUGGUUACUGUCAGCGUUAUUCUCUCACUCACUCCAGUUCUAUCUUCACUCUUAUGUUCUUUAUAAUCUAA